AUGGACGGUAUCACACUGAUAUUCAAUCUGCUGCAAUCGAAAAAGAAAGAGACUCGCGAGGAGUGUAUAAGGGCAAUCGCCACUUUUAUGAAUAGUACUCACGGACUAAAGUCUGUGACUUCGUUGCCGUUUGCCGCCAAGCGACUGGCGAUGGUUUUGACAUCACAGCAAUUUACACUAAAGAGUCGUGCUAUUGUUAUUGAACUUCUCACUGUUAUGUGUAUGGAGAAAUGGGUACCCGGUGGAUACAGCAUGGUACUGAAAGCAUUGACCAAUCUCAAAGAGAAGAAACGUUUCACCAACUUUGUAAAGUUUAUCAAAGAGAACAGCUCGCUCGAGAUGAAGACGAAAGCACUCUGUUUCAUCAAUGUAUUGAUUCACGAACCCGAGGAAACAUCGGUGCGUGUCAAUAUACGUGGUGAGUUUUUGCGGCUGGGACUGUACGACUAUCUGAAGCCGCUCAAGCCAACACUGUCGCCAGACGAGAACCUCUAUUUGCAAAUCGAGAUUUUUGAAGAUAUGAUGAUGGAGGAUAAUCAAGAGUUGGAUCACAAGCUAGAGGAGCUAAAGAAGAAGUUGGGUGUCGAUAUCGAGAAUCUAGAUGCUUUGUUCAAGGCACUGAAAUCGAGUGCCUCGAAAUCUGGAUUGACUAAAUCAUUGUUGUCUGUGAUGCAGAAUCUGUUGGUUCUACACUCUGAUUCCGAUGGUAUUAAAUAUUGGUUGUUGAUCGACCAAUUGGUACGACAGAUUUCAAUGCAACGAAAUUCACUGGAUGGCAACGAUACGAUCGAUAUGAAGAGUCUGCUACAGAAUGUAGAUGCGCAAACCAAGGAGGUAACACUGACCAGAAAGAUGGAGGAGCUCGAGAAACAAAAUAUAGACAAGGCUGCGAUUAUACAGGAGAAAGACAUGAGUAUUAAACAACUUUUGGAUUUAGUGAAACAAAUCAAACUAGCGGGAGGAGACGUCAGUCCUGCACUCCAAAAACAAAUCGAAGAAGCCAUCAAGAAUUUAGAUGUUCCAGCAGCGGUUGUAGUUGUGCCAACUGAAACCAUUGAAAUAACACCACCUCCACCACCUCCACCUAUUUCUACAAAUAUACCAACAACCCCAGAACCUGCAGUCGAUGCUCCACCUCCACCUCCACCUCCCCCAAUGUUGGGUGGCGGAGGUGGUCCACCACCACCACCUCCACCUCCAAUGGGUGGAAAGAAGAAUCCAGCUGCCAUUAAAACACGUCCACCUCCAAAGGUUCCCAAACCAGCACAUCCAUUGAAAGCACUGCAGUGGACAAAGAUGCCACCAGCCAAACUCAACGAAUCCGUAUUCGAUAAGCUCGGCGAGAUGAACGAUAUUCACUUGCCAUGGAAAACAAUCGAACAAGAGUUUGCUGCCAAAGUUAUCGUUCGUAAGGAGAAACCUCUGAGGAAAUUAGGUCCAAUGCAAGUGAUCGACGCCAAACUCGGUCAGAACAUCUCUAUUUUCCUGUCACAGUUCAAGACGGUUCCAGUGCGUGAGCUUAUCGACGCCGUCCAGAAACAAGACGAAGCUAGACUCUCGAAAGAACAAAUCCGACAGAUGGCCAAGCUUCUCCCCUCGAAAGACGAUAUGGCAGCGCUCUCUGAUUUCCUAAAAGUAGAGGACCGUUCCAAGCUGGCUGCUGCCGAUCAAUUCUGUAUUGACGUAGGUAACUUCUCGUUCAUGGGUGACAAACUUGCUCUCUUCCAACUACGUGCCGAGUUUCAGCAACGUGCAUCCGAGCUACGUCCAGAGAUUGCUGCCGUUUCACUUGCAUGCAACGAGUUGCUCAAGAGUAAUAACCUAAAACGUUUGUUUGAAAUCGUUUUGGUACUUGGAAACUUUAUCAACUAUGGAACGGUGCGUGGUGAUCAAUCCGGUUACAAAGUGGACUGUAUGAUAAAACUGGCCGACACCAAAUCGGCCGAUCUCCAAUCGAAUCUUAUUCACACACUCGUCGAGUAUUGCGAAGAGAAGGAACCAUCGUUGUUGGCGUUUGCCGACGAGUUGCCAUCGCUCGAUGUCGCCAAGCGUGUCGUCUGGUCGGGUGUCGUCGCCGAUCUCUCGAUGUUGUCACGUGAAUUUUCGCUGUGUAAAUCGAUUGUCGACCAAUUCCAAAAAUCCAACGAACCAUUCUGCGAAACCAUGGUGCCAUUCCUCGAGUUGGCAGCGAUCGAGCUCGACAAACUAAAGAAACUCCAAGCAAACACCGAAGAGAGUUUCAAGAAACUAUGUAUAUACUUGGGUGAGGACAGCACCAAGAUCACACCAGACGAAAUAUUCGAAUUGUUCUCGAGAUUCGCUACAUUGUUCGAAGCGGGUCUCUUGUUACUCCAACAGAUUCGCGAGCAACAGGAGAAAGACUCGAAGCGCGAACAACAAAAGUUGCUCCGUGCAGAACUCAAACUCAAACUCGCUGGCAAGAUCCAAGCGAACAACCCACAGAAAAAAGACGAUCAAGACGAGGACAUUGUAAAUGAUUUAUUAUUGGCAGUACGUGACGGUGAUGUUUUCAGAAAAGGUAGAAGAAAGGUAGUUUUAAACAGAGCCGAUUCAAAUCAUCUUUCACAAUUAUCACCUGCAAAUCUACCAGUAUUUAUCUUACAUUUACUUUAUUUCGUCAUUAAAUAUGUUCAACUUAUUCUAUCGAAAAACAUUAUUUUAUAA